AUGUAUCUGACAUGCUGCGAGGCCGGAUGGGUUUUUGACUUUACUUCCGACGUUUGGGCCUUUUCUGCCCUAACAAGCAAGAGGGAAAGGCCCAAAGACAAUACGAAGAAGGGUUUUUUCGCUGUUAAGAAGAAGCGCCGAACCACCAAGAAGCCCUACUCGAGAUCUAUAGUUGGUGCUACUUUGGAAGUCAUACAGAAGAGGAGAACUGAGAAGCCUGAGGUCCGUGAUGCUGCUCGUGAAGCUGCUCUACGCGAAAUCAAGGAGAGAAUCAAGAAAACCAAGGAUGAAAAGAGGGCAAAGAAAGCAGAGUCGAUGGCGAAGACACAGAAGACACAAACCAAGGGUGGGCCUAAGGGCGCUGGACCUAAGGGCCCUAAGCUUGGUGGCGGCGGUGGAAAGCGAUGAUUUUCUUAUCGUUUCUCUCAUAUAUGUAGUAGUUACUGCACUUGAAACAUAUUUUGCUGGUCUUGGAGGCCACAUUCCUUUAAUAGAUUUUGCUGAGGAUCUUGGGUUGAAGCGCUAUUUUAUUUUCUUGAAUGGAGGCAUUGUUGGUCAAAGCUUGAUUUUUUAGCCA